UGUGAGGGGUUUAGUUGAUGAAGAAGAAGAUGUGGGACGUAAUGUAUUCAGCAAAAAAGAAAGUGCUCUGUGUUGUAUUUUUUACCAUCAUUACGAUUACAGGAUUUGAGGGUGUUAAAAUUCAGAACGUAGAAUUACCAAUUGCGAUUCAUAAUGGAACAGGACCAGUGGAAUUGUCAUGUUCUUAUCAGAUUAAUGAGGAGGAGAAUGGACUUGUUAUUAAAUGGUAUCAUGAUGGCGACCAGAUUUAUCAGUGGAUUCCACCGAUGGAGCCGCAAGACAUUGGCAUUAUUUCUGGUCUAACUGAGUACCCGACUGAAAAUAUGGUCCAUCCUCAGUCACAUUCUAUCAUCCGCCUGAAGAAAGUAACAGUGGAGAUGACGGGAAACUACACCUGCAGCGUUAGCACAUUUUCAGAAGAUGCAGCAGCAGCCAAACACAUGACAGUUUACGUUCCUGAUCACGACUUAAGGAUUUAUGCAAGCCCCUUCAAUAAGACCCACAUUAAUCUCACCUGCGUCGCCAGGGGAGCUCGACCCCGGCCGAGUCUCUCUAUAAUCGUCAAUGAUCAUGAAAUGGAUAACAGCAGCAUUCGUUUUGAGAAUUAUCGGAAUUUUCCGUGGAUUAGACAGGAAGCUAUAGUCCCCGAUUUCCCGGAUGUGAAUGUUGUCCAGUGUGAGAUUUACAUCCCAGGAACUGGGUAUCGUAAACGUCGGAAAUUUGUCUAUUAUCCAAGACAAUACAUAGGAAGGAGCCAUGUCUCAUCUCACUAUCCGUCCUUCUUGAUUUUCAUAAUCUCAUCAGCCAUCAUUUACUGAAGGGUGUAUCAUUUGCUGUAGAGUGUAAGAUUCUCCCGGCUUAGCUGAAUUCAAGAAGUCUCCAGAACCGACGAAAAAAAUCCUCGCUCCUCCAUGUGAUUAGUCUAGUGAAAAGGAGUCGAUACACUUAAGUCCAUCGGAUCGUGAAAUAUCAGCAGAAUAUUCGCGUUCCACUGAACAUCGUCAGGUUAUAUAUACAAACAUCGAUAAAUCGAUUUUGAAAACCCGUAGUCAUGGAUAUAUAAAGAAGACUCAUGUGACUGAAUGAAAAAUUCUCUUUGGAGUCUAACAACAGCUCCGACAAUGAACGAAUUCAUCCCCCACCCAUUGCUCUUUUCUCCAUGGGAAUGAAAUAAAGUUGACCAUGCAUGAUAGAUUAAUGAUCGUCGCACCAAUGAAUUGCAACUUUUUUAUGUCGAAUUGACGAACACUUACAACUCUUGUGUAGGUACUGAAGAGCGAAAAAUUAUUCGCAGGGGGAAGAAAAGACGUCCUUUUAGGACCUCAUGAGGGAUAAACGAUGUAUCGAAUUUUUCUAUAUGCCUGACAUGAAAGGUUUUCCUUCAAAAAGUAAAUUAAAAAAAAAAAGAAACAAGACAACUACUGCGCUAUCAUAACACUUGAGGUUUUUUAUGUAUGGAACAGCGGACACCGAUUCAUUUGCAAUGUAAACCCAGGAAUUACUUGCACUAUAAUAAAGAGUAUAAUUAUCCA